AUGGAGGGCGUGAAGAAAUGGCUGACAGAACGAAAUCCGAGGAAGAAUGGGAUGUACGUGCAUUAUAGUCCACCAAAAUUGGUGGGCGUAGUAUCAGCAGCUCAGCUUCGUCAGUGGGCACGCGGUGGUGCUGAGAGCAGGCUGGAGCGAGCAGUCCUGGCUGGCCAGGGUCGGCGCCUCCUCGCCGAGACCGAAGGCCUAUCACUAUCCAACCACUUACCAUCAUUGGUGGCCAAGUGUGACGCCCUCCAUGCAGCCGUUGAGAAAGGCUCCCUGCUAGAGCUCCAGGAGUUGUUGGAGAAUGACUACAACCGGCGUAAAUACGUGAUGUGCCGGGACGAGGCCGGCGUCGGCUUGCUGCAUAAAGCCGUCUUCUACGACUAUAUGGACAUCGCCGAGUAUCUCGUUAAGAAUUACCCGCAGCUGGUGCAUCAGAAGGAUUCGGAAGGUCGUACGCCUUUACACUACUCGGCGGUAAGCCGGGACUCUGCUUCGCUGGCCGCGCUGCUGGAGGGCGCGGGGGCGGCGCAAGGGGCGCGAGACGCGGCCGGCCGCACGCCCGCACAUUACCGCGGACAAGCGCGCGAACUGCUCGCGCUACCCGACGCCAUGGCGCGCGACAACAAGAACGCAGGUCUGGUGAUUAAGCGUCAUAACAUAAGGAUAUGGUGCCAUGACUGUGACAUGGCGCGCUUGCAGCGCGUGGUGUGGGAGGGGCACGGCUCUCGACUGCUCAGCGAGGUCUCCAACCAACCAGUCGUGAAGAAGUUUCUGGAAGCUGUUCCUUAUAUCAUGAACACCAUCAGGGACAUUCACGCGGCUGUGGUGCAGAAUGAUCUGGAAGGUCUGAUGAAGCAUGCUGGUGAUCCUGUCCCUCCUCAAGCCCUGUCCAGUAGAGAUGCGAACAAUAUGACAGUUAUGCACAAGGCGGCAGGUUUAGGCCACGGCGGUAUCCUGAAGUAUAUUGCUGAAAGGUACCCACAAGGUAUAAACGACGUAGACAAUGAUGGCCGCACACCACUACACUACGCUGCAGCCAUGCGAGACGACCAACAUACAUACAACACACUAGUCAGUCUUGGGGCAGAUGAAAGUGUCGUCGAUAAUAAAAAUAAAACACCAGCCUAUUACAUAAAUAGGCCCCAGGAGAUAGACAAAAACAUGUUCAAAACACUGCCUGAUGCCCCCAGAACACCAUCAAGUGCAUACCCAAACUCCUGGGACUGGAAGUUAUUGGACACUGAGGUCAUAGCUGAACUAAAUAAAAAGUCUAGGAGGAAGAACCACAAAGCGUCCAAUGAGAACAUUUCGUCAAAAGAUACUAACACUAACACAAUUUCUGAAAGUACAGACAAUCGUAUUGGUGGGAUGAAGGGCAGUAGCACGCAUGAACUCAUUAAUAAUUUGCCUGAACUAGAUGAUGCAAAGCAAACGAAAGAUGAUAUUGAGAAUCACAUUGCAAAUGUAGAAAGUAACAAGGAAUCAGAAGUAGGGGAAGAAAAUCACGAACAAGAGCAAGAACAAGAAAACGAACCAAAUGCAGAAGAAGAAACUGAAGAUAAACAAGAACAUACUAGUGAUGCCGAAGAAGCAGUCGAACACGCUGAGGAACAUGCUGAGGAACAACGUGAAGAACAUGCUGAAGAACAUGCUGAGGAACAUAUUGAGGAACAUACUGAGGAAAAUGCUGAGGAACAUAAUGAGGAAUCAAAAAAACCUGACGAUGAGGCGGAAAACACGGCUUACGAGUCAACUGACCAUGUCGACGAACCAGCCAAUGAUGAGAAAUCUAAUGCACAUGUUAAUGAAACUCCAGCAGAUAGUGUUCAAGUCGUUGAAAAUAAUGAACAUAGUCAUGAAAAUAUAAAUGAAGAAAAGAAAGAGCCUGAUGCAGCAAAAGAGGAAAAUGAAGAAGCUGAGACUGAACCCAAAACAGAAAAAGAUAAUGAGGAGGAAGUAGAACAUGACGAGACCAAGCACAUUAAUGACAAUGAUCAUGUGCACGAGCAGAAAACUGAUGACGACGGUGAUGAACAACAAUCUGAUGAUAACGGAGAUGAAGAGCCACAUUCAGGGCCGCAUGAUAAUGAACCAAAAGAAGAAACUCAAAAUAAUGAAUCGCAUAAUAAUGAACAUGAAAAAGAUAACCAUAGAGCGGAAUCUGCAAAAUAUAUAUCUCAACAUAAAGAAGAGAACAAAGAUAAUGAAUCCAAUCAUGAUGACAAUGAAAGCAAUGCAGAUGCAGAGGAUUUCGGUGCUGCUUCAAAUGAAGGAAACGUGACCGACGGCCGAAGCACACAGGAAAGUCUUAUAGAAGGUGUAGUGAAUGGUGAAGCCGAGAUGGACUCACAGGAUGCAAGUAUGACGCAAAGAGAUGGAUCAGUGCACGGAGAAGUCCUCGUAGUUGACAAUGAAAUAGAUCCAGAAGUUACUGAUUUAAUUAACAAUGCAAAUAUGGAAAUGUUAGCCACAUUAGUAUUAAACGGAGAAGGAUCAAGGCUUAUAGGAAGGCAUUCUGGGAACUCUGAACUGCAAGCGUUCCUUGAUAAUGUACCAACGUAUAUGCAAAAAAUAAACAAAGUCCACGUAGCAGCAAGAGAAGGUAACAUAAGAGAUCUUCAAGCAGCUUUGGAUAGACGGAAAUUUGCAAUAGCUCGCGAUCCAAUAUCACCCAAUGGAGCAACCCCAUUACACGUGGCAACAAUAUUUGGAAAAACCAACAUUAUCAAAUAUUUGGGCGGCAGAUUUCCCGAAACCCUGUCUGCGGUAGAUUUUGAAGGAAGAACGGCUUUACACUAUGCGGCUGUCCUUCCUGAUAAUGGGCAUUACUACAAUCUCCUUCAACAACUUGGUGCCAACUCGAAAGAUUUAGAUGAUAGUGGAAAGUCAGCCGAAGAAUAUCAAAAAAAUCCAACUCUGUUACCUUUUCAUCAAAUGUUAUCAGAUUAUGGCAUAAGUGAAGACGCAGCGCAAGACAUGUUCUCCGAUAAAGUGCCCGAGGAUCAAGUCUCAUCUCGGCGAGCUCUGGAUACACCUGAGGCUUUGGAUACCUUGGACCGAUGCUAUCACCUGUUAGCAUCUGCAAGACCAGCUCGCACACCGUUAUCUGCAUCGUCCAACAGAGCUACACCACCACUCGUACUUGCACGGUUCCUAAAAAAGCCAAUUUUCGAUGUAAUAAAAUAUAGAAUUACAAAAUUAGACCAUGAUCUCUUUGAUGUCAUCUGGCCUGCUGUCAAAAAGCUCCCGGAUAGCAGAAAUAUUAUUCAAACUGUGGAAGAAGAUUUUCCUGGAGGAGUCACGGCCCCUGAUUAUUAUGUUUAUGACGUAUUCAAUGAGUUUUUGAUACCCCUUGUAAAAGAUCUUCAUAAUAUUAAUGUUAAUUCUGAAUUGCCAAAACACCCCACUUCAAACUUUAUGGGUACCUCAUCAGCCAAACUAUCUGCUGAACCUCUGGUAGAAAUAAAUAUUGACCCCAACGACGAAUUUGUUCUAUCUGGAGUAAUAGAAUGUUCACGCAAUUUGGAAGGUUUUGAACUCCCAUUGAACUUGAAAGUGGGUAAACUGGAAACAAUAGAAAGAAUCGUAACCACACUCUUAAUGAAAGAUGAAUUUUCGAAGUUUAGCGAAUUUUCUAACCCUGAAUCUGACCAAAAAGGUGGCACAUACUACACGUUAAACGAGGUAUUAGAAAAGCCAUCAGAAAUAUGUGCCACAUUAGCAUCUUGUGGUCUUCUGAUAGCUCUAUGCGAUAGAGAUGAAAUUGAUGACUGUGCAAGAUUACAUGGAAAGCACUGGCCUUACGGUCGCGGCGUAUUUGUCACUGAUGACAAAACCGUAGCGGUAUGGAUAAACGUCCAUGAUCAUAUUCGUGUACUUGUAUCUUCAACGCAAGACUCUCCGGGAGAAAUUGGCUUGCCCUUCAGCAAACUUUCUUACAUCAUGACGUAUCUUCACGAGAAACUUGAUUUCACAUGGGACACAAAGUUGGGAUAUCUUUCUGCGAGACCAACAUUCCUGGGAGCAGGCAUUCGCUUUAGCCUGAUUGUGAAUUUUCCAGGACUGUCAAAAGAUCCAGAUAAUAUGAAACAUCUCUGUGCCAUGAGAGGUUUGCAGUACCGAGAAACACUAAGUCCUGAUAUUGCUAGGAUCAGUAACUAUCAGUGUUUAGGAGUUACUGAGACGAGUUGCUUCAACGAUUUUGCGACGGCUACAUCAAAUUUACUACACCUGGAAAAAGAUUUAUCAAUGCAAAAUUCAGCACACAUUGCAACGAUGUUGUCUAAUAUUUUCCGUAAAAAAAGAAAUAGUAUAACUAGUCAUGAUAGCCCAGAGAAGAGGGAAAAAUAUUAA